AUGGAGGGCAACCAGCUUGCCCCUUGCAUCCAGGCACGCGUUGCAGCAGACAGUCGACAAGCCAGCCAGGAACACAUUUCCAUCGUCCUUCUAGGAGAGACUUGGCGCCUCAAGCACAAACUGCUGCUUGUUGCCAAAGGCUCCCUGAUUCGGGACAGUCUCCCGACACGGUGCGAACAGCGACUCAACAUGGGCUGGUGCCACCAUAUUGCUUGUUUUAUUCGAGAAUCCCUCGCCGUUGACACUCUAGCUCAGCCACUGUAUAAAAUGCACUCUUUCAGCAGACAAUGGGCUGUCUUUGAACGCCCGGAUGCGGGGGAAAAAGCAAAUACGGUUCUGACUGGUCAUUGA